AUGGAGAAGGAACAGUCUCUGCUGGCUGCUGGUGGCUUCAACGAGGAAUCCCCCGGAGAGGCAACCAGGGGGGGCAUCGUAGCUCGCGGUCCUGGUUCAAGCCAGCCCUCCCUGGGGGAAGUGGCCCUCGGUUCCGGGUCCAAUCAACACCCUGGGAAGGUUGCGGGCCACGGCCUUGUGUCCUGCACAUACACUGGUGUAACCACUGUCUCCGGGGCGUCUAGCCCCGUGCCCGGGGGGCCUGGGGUGAACAGCUCGGGGUACAGUCCUCACUCUGGAUCAACUUGCUCACACUCCUACAACUCCUAUGAGGACCGUCCCCGGAGCAUCCUAAAAAACAGCAGGUCCAACUUGAUGCAGAAAUCUCCCAGUGGGGAGAAGAAAAAGUCUCAGCGCUGGGAUGAGAUGAAUAUCCAGGCCACCUAUCACCCUGCUGACAAGGACUACGGAUUUAUGAAGGUGGAUGAGCCCGGCACUCCCUACCACAGGCCACAGGACAGUGAUGAGGACCUGUCUGCGGGAUCCUCCCAGAAGGUGACUCCUGAAGCACUGGCAGAGAGGUUUGCAACCAUGGACAAUUUCAGCCCCAAGGUCCUUCAGUACGGUGAUAACAGAAGCUCAGGGUCUCCAGACAAAUUUUGCAAGACACACUCCAGUGAUUUUGACAAGCACCGCAAGGCACACUACAAUGAAGGGAAGUUCUUCAAGGCUCAGAAAAACCUGCUCUUGGAUGAUGAUAAGGACAGCAACAGGAGUAUCAGCAGUGACGGUCGAGGUGUGAUGCUGGACCCAGAGCCCAGGCCUGUGGAGAGAGGCUGGGCAAGAAGAGGAUUGGCCAGAGGAGUCAAAGAUGAGACUGACCCAGUGACCAGGAGCCACAUCCUAGAAGCCAAGGAUUCCUCUACCUGCAGAAAUCAGUUUCCUCAUCCUUCAGCCCCCAUUACAUUGGAGCAGGAGAUUGAUGACCAACGCAAGGAAUAUUACAGCAAAGGAAUAUACCUGAGGUCCUGCUCCCACCCAGAGCUUGAGGAGGACACGGAAGAUGAGCAGCGGGACAGUGAGAGCCCAGGUACUUCCUUGUCCUCCAGAGACAGUGUGUCUCAAGUGGUGUCCAACUGGUGUCCGUUGAUGGUGGCCAAGGGACUCGACUGGCAAAGCCCAGGGAGUUCAGAGAGUGAACAUGGAAGCAUCCUUAACCCCCCAAGCCAGAUUGAGUGCAAACGUGAGCCUGGGCAGAGGCAAGGAGGGUCUUGCACUGACCAGGGAGGUAGAGGGCUGAAUGGAUGAAACCCUGCAGCUUCAAUGGACUCAGGAAGAG